AGUUCUGCAGAAACCGACGUUAACACGUCAUGUCGGAGUCACCGAUAUCACUAAAUCGAUCUCCAGAUGUCUGGUACGACGACGGGAACGUUGUCUUGCAGGUAGACGACACUCUGUUCAAAUUGUAUAAAGGGAUCCUCAGCAACGAGUCGGCUGUAUUUCAAGACAUGUUCUCGCUGCCGCAACCGGACACUGGCGUGGAGUCAUACGACGGGUGUCUUCUUGUCAAACUCCAUGACGAUCUCGUUCACAUGAAACUGUUCCUCUUGGCUACUUCCCCUCCCUACGAAUUCCUUAUCUCAGGGUACCUGCAUCGAAUACGCCAUGAUCCUGCAGAUGGCUUGCGCAAACGAAUUAUCACCAUCCUGCAAUGCACCUACCCGGACACUCUGGAGGAAUGGGAACUCGUCGUCCGAGCGGGAUCGCAUCAUUUGUCCACGCAUCUGCUGCACAGACUUCCGCUAGACGAUAUCGACUCUCACAUCGCCAUCAUUAGCGCAGCAAGGAACGCCGACGCGCAAGUCCUCAUUCCCGCCGCAUGAACCGUCUGUUUCAGCGCGACAUUGAGACGAUCGUCACCGCCGCACGCACAUUCGGCCUAGACGCGACGCUCUCGCGCACGCACACGUUCACGUUGCUCUUCUCCAACGACAUGCGCAUGUACGACGAGUGCCGCUCCGUCCCCCAGUGCUACGCCGUCCGACGCAUCUUCC